AUGCCGCAUUGGUUCCCCUGCCUCUGCGUGAUCGUCAGCUGUGUUUUCUGUCUGACAGCGAGUCUGGCGAUGGUGUCGACGGGCCUGGUUCUGGCGUGGUCAUCGCCGGCGGUGCCCAAACUGCCCCACCUGACGGCCGCCGAGGCGUCGUGGGUGGGCUCCCUGCCGUCGCUGGCGGCGGCGCUAGGCCCCUGCUGGGUCGCGCUCAUGUUCGUCGAGCACGCGCCCACCUGGCUCUGCGUCGUACGCUUCGUCUCGGGGCUCGGCAUCGGACUCAUCGUCACCUCGCUCGGCAUGUACGGAGCCGAGAUCUCCCAGGCCAACAUCAGGGGCGCCCUGCUAAUGCUACAACAGCCGUCGAUAACGACGGGCUUCAUGCUCGACUACUGCAUCGGCCCCUUCGUGUCGUACACUACGCUAGCGGCCAUAGGGCUGGCUGUGCCUCUCCUGUUUAUGGUGACCUUCUUCUGGGUGCCAGAGUCGCCCUACUACCUGCUGGCCAAGGGCAGGGAUGAAGACGCCGAAAGCUCCCUCCGGCGGCUGCGAGACGACGACAGUGAUAUCUCUUCUGAGCUUCAGAGGAUGAAGGGAGCAGUGGAGGAGUCCAGGGAGAACGAGGCGUCGGUGCUGGACCUGUUUCGGUCCCGCAGGUGCCGCCGUGCGCUGGUCAUCUCGCUAGGGGUGGUGUGCGCCGAGCAGCUGGCGGGCAUCAACGCGGUGAUCUUCUACAGUCAGAGCAUCUUCGACGCCGCUGGCGGCGACGUGGACAGCCGUGUGGCGCCCAUCAUCGUCAACGGCACCAUGCUGAUUGAGUCGUGCAUCACGCCCUUCCUGGUGGACCGCCUGGGUCGCAGGCCACUGCUCAUCUUCUCCUCCACUGGCAUGUCCGUCGCCCUGACGGUUUUAGCUGUGUAUUUCUACCUGAGUGACACGGGAAAAAACGUCGAAGACAUCGGCUGGCUUCCACUCACUGCCCUCGUCUUCUACAUCGUCACCUACACUUCAGGUUACGGCGGUCUGCCGGCCACAGUUCCUGCGGAAAUCUUCUCGCAGAACGUCAAGUCUGUGGCAUUACCUGUGGCUACUUUCGUUUCGUGGACCAUGUCCUUCCUGGUGACGAGGUUCUUCGAGGACAUUUCCAGCGCCGUUGGCAACUACGGGCCCUUCUUUCUGUUCGCAGCUUGCUCCCUACUCGCCUCGUUCCACGUGUACUUUUUGAUGCCUGAAACGAAGGGGAAGACUUUGGAAGAGAUACAGGUUAUGCUUGAAAGCGGUAGGACCAUCCGAGCAUGCUGCUGAACAGAAGAAUAUUUGCUUAUCUUCGUUUCGGAACAGCUUCUCUUAUGGCGCCCACUGAUCUCUUUCACACCCAGAUCGAAGGCAGAAGAUUUAACGCUUAGUAACAAGCAUAACUCUUGCGCUGGGACUGAUGGAGCUGGCAGAAAUGGCGUCGGAUGUUGCUUCAUUCAGUGAAAGCACUUUACGAGUGCGUUGAACAACAUUAAUUUCUAUUCUUGUUCCGUUGACUGAAAGUGAGAGCAGAAAACUGUUAAUACUCAAGGCAUAUACUGAAGAAUAAAGUAAAAAUAGAGAGCAAUGGAAUCAAUAUUCUCUCUUAGGCUAUGCAAACGAAGAAUACUACAAUGGAACUCUGUAUAACUUACUCGCCAGGGUGCGAAGCCCUGUGAAGACUGAGGUGCACUAUUGACGAACUGUUUUUGUGAUAUUUAAGUUUUUUUGAAAUAUAGACUAAUGAUGCUGUAAUGGUAAUAACUGUGAAAAAGCCUGCAAACAUUUUCAUGUGAGGAAUCUUCCAUACAACGCGACUUUUCUGUUUAAAAUUAGGCCUGCUUCCAUCAGUUGAAAGUAAAAUGAAAAAAUUAAAAGAAAACACACCGUCAACCAUUUGAGGAAGUGAGGAAUGAAAUCAUUGUUAGUAUAUCUUGUACGGUUAUUUAUUUUCAAGUGGACAUCUCGCAAAGCGUACAAAAUCAGAAGAGCUUUCUCUAUAACUAAUUAGUAGCAAUAGAGAUUGUUACCUUCCUCUGACAAGUCAACUUUUUCUCCACAUUGGUCCCUCCUUCACUGUUGCCAACAUUUCUUUCAAAAGUCAUUACAUUCUACAAUGUCGUAACGGGGAUGCUGCUAAA